AAUUCUGCCGCCGCGUAAAGCGGAUCUCAUUUCUUAAAUUUGAAUUCUCCCAGCCUGGCGGAAUGUAUCAUCACAGUCAAUGUACCUGGUAGGGGGCGGAGAGGGGGGGCACACAAAGUGACUAUUCCAUUUGCAACAAAGAGACGAGAUUGAAGGGGGGGAAUGGCAGAGAUGUGUUCACCAAAGAAGCCAAAUUUUGGAAGCGAUGCGUCGUUCGGUCUAGGCUUUUUUCAUCACAAGAUGAUCGUGUGGAUAUUCCUGCUUCAUUCUGUCAUCCAAUGUUCUUUACAAAAAGAGGAUGAAGACUAUGAGGAUGCACCAUCUAAUAAAACAUGGUUACUCACACGCAAAUUCCAUGAUAAUGAUGUAACAUCUAUUUUAAAUGGACUUCUCAAAGGGUAUGACAACAAACUCAGGCCUGAUAUUGGGGUAAAACCAACAGUAAUUCAUACAGACAUGUAUGUUAAUAGCAUCGGACCAGUUAAUGCCAUCAAUAUGGAAUAUACCAUUGAUAUAUUUUUUGCACAAACCUGGUAUGACAGGCGCCUGAAAUUCAACAGUACCAUAAAAGUCCUCAGACUGAACAGUAAUAUGGUUGGAAAGAUCUGGAUACCAGAUACAUUUUUUCGUAACUCGAAAAAAGCAGAUGCACAUUGGAUAACAACUCCUAACCGAAUGCUGAGGAUAUGGAAUGAUGGAAAAGUGCUUUACACACUCAGGCUUACAAUAGAUGCUGAGUGUCUACUUCGGCUGAAUAACUUUCCAAUGGAUGAGCAUUCUUGUCCACUACAAUUUUCAAGCUAUGGUUACCCAAAGGAAGAAAUAAUCUACCAAUGGAAACGAAGCUCAGUAGAGGUGGGAGAUAUACGUUCAUGGAGACUUUAUCAGUUCUCCUUUGUUGGACUAAGAAAUUCAACUGAAGAAGUGAAGACAACCUCAGGGGACUAUAUCGUGAUGACUGUGUACUUUGACCUGUCCAGAAGAAUGGGUUAUUUUACUAUACAGACCUACAUACCCUGCACUCUUAUUGUUGUUUUAUCCUGGGUAUCAUUUUGGAUUAACAAGGAUGCUGUUCCAGCUAGGACAUCUUUAGGUAUUACAACUGUGCUCACAAUGACCACUCUGAGUACCAUAGCUCGGAAAUCCCUUCCAAAAGUCUCCUAUGUGACAGCAAUGGACCUUUUUGUCUCAGUGUGCUUCCUCUUUGUAUUUUCUGCCUUGGUGGAAUAUGGCACCCUCCAUUAUUUUGUUAGUAACAGGAAGCCAAGCAAGGACAAAGAGAAAAAGAAAAAAAAUCCACUUCUCUGGAUGUUUUCAUUCAAGGCACCUACCAUUGAUAUACGUCCACGAUCGGCAACCAUUCAAAUGAAUAAUGCCACACAUCUUCAAGAAAGGGAUGAAGAAUAUGGAUAUGAGUGUCUUGAUGGAAAAGAUUGUGCCAGCUUCUUCUGCUGUUUUGAGGAUUGCCGAACUGGUGCUUGGCGACAUGGAAGGAUACACAUACGUGUUGCGAAAAUUGACUCCUACUCCCGAAUUUUCUUCCCAACUGCUUUCUGCUUGUUCAAUUUGGUCUAUUGGGUAUCCUACCUUUACCUUUAAAAAUAAACAAAGGAAUCUCCCAUGGAAACACGCACGCAACGCAGGCCUUAUAAAACAUACAUCAUUUCAUUUAUGGAGUAAUUUGGUUGGUGUAUUGCACCAAUGCAAAUUGUAUCUGUUCAUUUAAUUCAUGGAGUGCCAUACUUUAGUAUUACUCAUAAAAUCUGAAAUGGUGGAUUUUUUGACAACUGGUUAAAUCUUAAACUCUGUAUCCAUGUUACAGGUACUGAUAAUGAUUCACAAUAAGGAUGAGCAAAACAAAAGCUUGUAUGGAAAUGUGAUGUGGUGCCACGCCAUCAGAUUAAAAUUGCUGUGUAAAUAUUUCAUUGCAUUUCAAUGAUAAGAUAUAUUAAUGCCACUAAUCUACUGAAAUAUAGCUGGAAACACUUUUUAUAACAGUAUAGACUUCUGACCAGUUGAAGAGCAAAUGUAAAAUGAUGUAAAUAUUUUAUUUACCCUUUAGUGCAUAGGUCAAUGCAUGCAUCCGCUGGGGCCAAUAUACAGCAAAGGAACUUUACCAUACAGUGUCCUGUUUCCUAAUCCUGUAUAGCUAUCUGUGAGAUUUUAGGUAAAAGAUAGUCUGAAAUCAUCUUAAUUGCUCAUCUAUAGCUACCUUUGUUCUCAUGCAUGAAAAUUGAUUCACAGUGCACUUUCCUGGGUACCAUUACAUAUGCCUUAAGGACAUCAUUGCAAAGCAAUUUGCUUUUCUGUAACCCUACUCUUUCAGUAUUUGAACCAUCUGCCAAAGGGAAGAGCCAGGCCGCAGAAACAUUUUAUUACAAUUAUUGCUAAAGUAUAUUUUUAUUUGAGUAACUUUAGGAAAAUGGCUAUUGG